AUGUCUAUCAUCAAGCCAUUGACGCUUUUUAGUCACGGAGAUACUCCAAAUCCUACAAAAGUCGCGAUAAUCCUCAAAGAGCUCUCUAUCCCCUACAAAGUCGCAAUGAUUGAGUGGGACAAUCUACACAAAGAACCCUUCACCAAUGUCACGCCCAAUGGACGAGUGCCCGCCAUCGAUGAUCCAAAUACAGGUAUAACGUUGUGGGAAUCCGGAGCAAUCAUACAGUACCUCAUCGACACGUACGACAAAGAGGGUAAGAUCUCCUACAGCUCGUCUCCUGAACGAUAUCAGCAGGCACAGUGGCUAUUCUUUCAGACCUCUGGACAAGGCCCUUACUAUGGCCAGGCGGUUUGGUUUCACAAACAUCAUCCAGAGAGACUACCUACCGCAGAGGAGCGAUAUGUGAGAGAGGUAGAAAGAGUUAUUGGGGUGUUGGACUCUUGGCUGCAGCAGCAUGAUUACCUCGUUGGUGACAAAGUCACAUAUGCCGAUCUCAGCUUCAUCCCAUACGCCGCUGCUGUGCCGAGAAUGGAUUUCUUAAAUCAAUACGGCAAAAUUUUCGAGGGUGGGAAGUAUGCUGCGUAUCAAGCCUGGUUAGAGAAGUUAUUGGCGAGAGAUAGUGUGAAAAAGGGAAUUGAGCCGACGGCAGAACUGAUUGAAGGCGCAGCAAAUAAAAUUGCCAAGUGA